GCCGGCGGCUCGGCGGUUGUGAAAUGUGCUCCCAGGAGGCUUUUCAGGCACAGAGGAGCCAGCUGGUGGGGCUGCUGGUCUCGGGGUCCCUGGAGGGCUUCGAGAGCAUCCUGGACUGGUUGCUGUCCUGGGAAGUCCUCUCCUGGGAGGACUAUGAGGGCCUCAGCCUCCUGGGCCAGCCUCUCUCCCACUUGGCUAGGCGCCUCCUGGACACUGUCUGGAAGAAGGGUGCUUGGGGCUGUCAGAAGCUCAUUGCAGCUGUCCAGGAGGCCCAGGCUGAUAGCCAGUUCCCCGAGCUGCAUGGCCACUGGGACCCCCACUCACUCCACCCAGCCCAGGACCUGCAGAGUCACCGGCCAGCCAUUGUCAGGAGACUCUACAGCCAUGUGGAGGGCGUGCUGGACCUGGCACAGGAGCGGGGCUUUCUCAACCAGUAUGAAAGUGAUGAAAUCAGGUUGCCGAUCUUCACGUCAUCCCAGAGGGCAAGAAGGCUGCUUGAUCUUGCCACAGUGAAGUCGAAUGGAUUGGCUGCCUUCCUUCUACAACAUGUCCAGGAAUUACCAGUCACAUUAGCCCUGCCUUUUGAAGAUGCCGCAUGUAAGAAGUACAUGUCCAAGCUGAGGACCACAGUAUCUGCUCAGUCACGCUUCCUCAGUACCUAUGAUGGGGCAGAGAAUCUUUGCCUAGAGGACAUAUACACGGAGAAUAUCCUGGAGGUCCGGACAGAGGCGGGCAUGGCUGGACCCCCACAGAAGAGCCCUGCCACCCUGGUCCUGGAGGAGCUCUUCAGCACCCAUGGCCACCUCAACGAAGAUGCGGACACCGUGCUGGUGGUGGGUGAAGCAGGCAGCGGCAAAAGCACGCUCCUGCAGCGGCUGCAUUUGCUGUGGGCCACAGGGCGGGACUUCCAGGAAUUUCUCUUCGUCUUCCCAUUCAGUUGCAGGCAGCUGCAGUGUGUGGCCAAACCAUUGUCUGUCCGGACACUGCUCUUUGAGUACUGCUGUUGGCCUGACAUUGGCCAACAGGAUAUCUUACAGUUCCUCCUUGACCACCCUGAACGCAUUCUGUUAACCUUUGACGGCUUUGAUGAGUUCAGGUUCCGGUUCACAGAUCGUGAGCGUCACUGCUCGCCAACUGACCCCACAUCUGUCCAGAAUCUGCUGUUCAAUCUUCUGCAGGGCAAUCUGCUGAAGAAUGCCCGCAAGGUAUUGACCAGCCGUCCAGAUGCAGUGUCGGCGUUCCUCAGGAAGUACAUCCGCACAGAGUUUAACCUCAAGGGCUUCUCUGAAGAGGGCAUCCAGCUAUAUCUGAGGAAGUGCCAUCGUGAGCCUGGGGUGGCAGACCGCCUCAUCCGCCUGCUCCAAGGGACCUCAGCUCUGCAUGGUCUGUGUCACCUUCCUGUCUUCUCAUGGAUGGUGUCCAAAUGCUACCAGGAACUGUUGCUGCAGGAUGGAGCAUCCCCAAAGACCACCACGGAUAUGUACCUGCUGAUCCUGCAGCAUUUUCUGCUGCAUGCCUCCACCCCAGACUCAGCCUCCCACAGCCUGGGACCUGGCCUCCUUCGAGGCAGUCUCCCCACCCUCCUGCACCUUGGCCAGCUGGCCCUCUGGGGCCUGGGCACGUGCUCCUAUGUGUUCUCAGCCCAGCAGCUCCAGGCAGCACAGGUUGAUCCUGAAGAUGUUUCUCUCGGCUUCUUGGUACAUGCCAAAAAUGUUGUGCCAGGGAAUUUGGCCCCCCUGGAAUUCCUGCACAUCACUUUCCAGUGCUUCUUUGCUGCGUUCUUCCUGGUGCUCAGUGCAGACCUGCCACCAGCCUCACUCAGAUACCUGUUCAAUUGUCACAGGCUGGGCCGUUCACCACUGGCCAAGUUGUUGCCCAUGCUAUGCAUCCCGGGCUUGGGAUACAAGGAGGACAGUGUGUCAGCUUUGCUGCAGAAGGCUGAGCUGCAUAACCUUCAGAUCACUGCGACCUUCCUGGUGGGGCUAUUGUCACGGGAGCACCAGGCCCUGCUGGCCGAUUGCCAGGUGUCAGAGAAGGUCCUGCUCCGGCGCCGGGCCUGUGCCCGCUGGUGUCUGGCUCGCAGCCUGCGCAAGCACUUCCACUCCAUCCCGCCAGCCGUGCCAGGUGAGGCCAAGAGCAUGCACGCCAUGCCCGGGUUCAUCUGGCUCAUCCGGAGCCUGUACGAGAUGCAGGAGGAGCGGCUGGCAAGGGAGGCUGCACAUGGGCUGAAUGUCGGGCACCUCAAGUUGACAUUUUGCAAUGUGGGCCCUGCUGAGUGUGCUGCCCUGGCUUUCGUGCUGAGGCACCUCCGGCAGCCUGUGGCCCUGCAGCUGGACUACAACUCUGUAGGUGACAUUGGCGUGGAGCAGCUGCUGCCUUGCCUCAGCAUCUGCAAGGCUCUUUACUUGCGAGAUAACAACAUCUCAGACCGAGGCAUCUGCAAGCUUAUUGAACAUGCUCUUCACUGUGAGCAGCUGCAGAAAUUAGCUCUUUUCAACAACAAAUUGACCGACGGCUGUGCAUACUCGAUGGCCAAGCUCCUUGCAUGCAAGCAGAACUUCUUGGCAUUGAGGCUGGGGAAUAACCACAUCACCGCGGUGGGAGCCCAGGUGCUUGCCCAGGGGCUCCGAGGCAAUACCUCCCUGCAGUUCUUGGGGUUCUGGGGCAACAGAGUGGGUGACAAGGGGGCCCAGGCCCUGGCAGAAGCCUUGGGUGAUCACCAGAGCUUGAAGUGGCUCAGCCUGGUGGGGAACAACAUUGGCAGUGUGGGUGCCCAAGCCUUAGCACUGAUGUUGGAAAAGAACGUGACACUAGAAGAACUUUGCUUGGAGGAGAACCAUCUGCAGGAUGAAGGUGUGUGUUCUCUUGCGAAAGGACUGAAGAGAAAUUCAAGUCUGAAAGUCCUCAAGCUGUCCAACAACUGCGUCACCUACCUGGGGGCAGAAGCCCUCCUGCAGGCCCUUGAAAGGAAUGACACCAUCCUGGAAGUCUGGCUCCGAGGGAACACUUUCUCUCUAGAGGAGAUCGAGAAGCUCAGCCAGAGGGAUACCAGACUCUUGCUUUGAUGUAUCCGGGCUGACGUUCAUCUGUUUGU